CUUUCUCUCCCUCAUCUUCUUCAGAUCCCGUCGAGCUUUUCAAAACCCUAAUUUUCCCGAAGGACCUCUGCUUCGAUUCGGUUCUGAUUCAGAAUCGGGGGAGCUGCUGACGUCACACGCGAUGGGGGAUUUCAACCUCGCGCUCGUAAUCGUCGCCAUCAUACUGGUGGUCGUCGUCUUCGUCUUCAAUGUCUACCUCCUCGUCAAUUAUCAGCACCCGGACGACAAGAACCAGGCCUAUUUCCCCAAAUUCGUCGUCGUUUUGGGCCUCUCGGUCGCCGCGAUCUCCAUCCUCAUGUUACCGGCCGACGUCGCCAACCGCCAGGCCUGCCGCCACGCGAUAUACAACGGCGCGUGUAAUCUCACUCUCCCGAUGAAGGAUCUCUGGCUCGCCGUCUACAUCCUCGACGCCGUGCUCGUCUUCCUCAUCAUCCCCUUCGCUAUGUUCUACUACGAAGGCGACCAGGACAAGAGUGUUGGAAAGAGAAUUGGAAGCGCAAUGUGUUGGGUUGGGGUGAGCGCUGUUGUGUGUGCUCUCGUUCUCGGCAUCUUGUAUGGGCUUAUUGGAAAGGUGGACUUUACUGUUAGGCACCUGUCUUCUUCCACAGCUGCAUUUCCUAAUUCAUUUUCAUAUUCUAGUGGUGAACCGUGUCUCAGUGGCUCGAAACAGUGUGCCGCAUAUACUGCAAAUGCUGCAUCAGAGAAAACAUGGACCAUGCGUGCUACUUUUCCAGAAUAUGUCGUUGCUCUUGCUACCAUUGUUGGAUCUGUACUCUUCACUAUAUUUGGUGGUGUUGGGAUUGCUUGUCUACCUCUCAGUCUCAUAUUUUCAUUUGUUCGGCGUCCAAAGGCUGUUAUUACACGGUCACAGUAUAUUAAGGAAGCAACUGAACUGGGUAAGAAAGCAAAAGAACUGAAGAAAGCAGCCGAUGCACUCCAUCAAGAAGAAAGAAGUGGUUCUAAGGGUAGAAAAUGGCGAAAAAAUGUAAAGGCGGUAGAGAAGGAGUUGCUUCAAUUAGAAGAUGAUGUAAAACUUCUAGAAGAGGUGUAUCCUCAAGGAGAGCAGGCUGAGACUUCUUGGGCUAUGACUGUUCUUGGUUACUUGGCAAAACUCGUGUUGGGAGUUUUCGGAUUGAUUGUUUCAGUGGCUUGGAUUGCUCAUAUCGUCAUAUAUCUAUUAAUAAGUCCUCCACUUUCUCCUUUCUUGAACGAAGUUUUCAUCAAGCUGGAUGACAUAUGGGGACUUUUGGGCACUGUGGCAUUUGCAUUCUUCUGCUUUUACCUUCUGAUUGCAGUCAUUUCUGGGGCUAUGAUGCUGGGAAUGAAAUUGGUUUUCAUUACAAUUCAUCCCAUGAAGUGGGGAGCCACUCUUAUGAAUUCCUUUUUAUUUAAUGUGGCACUCAUUCUUCUUUCCUCCAUCAGUGUGAUUCAGUUCUGCUCCACAGCAUUUGCUUACUAUGCUCAAGCAACUGCAGCACAAGAAAUUUUUGGUCACACUUUGGAAUCUCUUCGGGGAAUUAGAUAUUUGUACAAGUACAAUGUGUUCCAAAUUGGAUUUAUAAUCCUGGCAGGGUUGACCUUUGUGUACUAUGCUGCUUUCGGAUGGAGAAGAAAAAAACCUAGUGGCAGGUUCCAACUGUCCUCAUGAGUUAUGUUUUGCCGAGAACACAACAGCAUCCACCCAGCUGGAGCUGUUGGAAUUCUCAGUUUCGCUUCUCUUUUCAGAUUGGUUUUCACAUGCGGAUGUGUAUUGUCUAAUUUUGAUCGAUGUUGAAUGCGCUUUGGUGGAGUAGGCUGAUAUCAUCCGAGUUCACAAGUUGCAUUGGAUUAGAGCACGGGAAGUAACAUGUUCAUUGUGGUUGUUGUUUCCCCUCUGUAUGUAUUAUUCCUUUAUUUGACUUUUGUUUUAUACAUUGGCUUGGGGCUUGUAAUCGCAUUAUCCUUUGCACAUGGAAAAAACGGAAUCUGUAGACUUACCCUUGAUGUAAUAUAACCACUGAGAACAAAAUGUUAAAUGAUCAGUCACUUGUUUCAUGUACUUGUAGACAGA